AUGGAUCACGCAAAAUUGGCUAAGAUGCAGCAGAGCGUGCGGAUUGGUAUGUUUGUCUCCUUCUUUCCCGGCUUCCUGAAGCUGUGCGAGGCUUGUUGGGGGGGGGGUCCCGCGUUCGACAUCGUGGAGCUGGUGGCCAAAUAUCGGCCGCCGCACACGUCUCGGACAUUUGAGAUUUUUCAGAUUACUGACCAUAGGCAAGGGCACUCCCGCCGCAAGGUCAAGAAGGUUACCCGCAACUCCGGUGCCGACGACAAGAAGCUGCAGGCCACCCUCAAGAAGAUGAACGUCCAGCCCAUCCAGGCCAUCGAGGAGGUCAACAUGUUCAAGGAGGAUGGCAACGUUAUCCACUUCUCCAACCCCCGUGUCCACGCUUCCGUCCCCUCCAACACCUUCGCUCUCUACGGUAACGGCGAGGAGAAGGAGCUCACUGAGCUCGUCCCCGGUAUCCUGAACCAGCUCGGCCCUGACAGCCUUGCUUCUCUCCGCAAGCUCGCUGAGUCCUACCAGAACCUGCAGAAGGCCCAGGGCGGCGACAAGAAGGAUGAUGACGAGGAUGAUAUCCCCGACCUGGUGGAGGGCGAGAACUUCGAGAACAAGCCGGAGUAA